AAUUUACCCGGCAAAGCCGGAACCCCCGAGAACGAUCCGAUCGAAAACUUUACAAAACUCGCCAUCCCAUUUCUUGAAAUCGAUGAACGAGAAGCCCUUGAACCUAUCUCUUUACGAGUUAAAGGUUCUUCGGACAAUCGAGAAAAGAAAAUGGUAUCGUUAAUCAUCGAGGACCCGGUUCCCCGAAUCAAGCAACCUCAAGAGAUAGCGUGCAGCAGCAACGAAGGGUACCCUGUUCACGUUCUAGCGAGCGACGAAACGAACCAGAUUCAGCAAAGCGAGUCUAGACAUUCGCCACGUAUCCAUGUUAACCUACCUUACGUGCAAGACGCCCAUUCGAAAGAAGGAGCCGAGUUAAC